AUGAUCAAUGACCUUGUGUCAAAGUUCUGUGGCUCGUACGAAGCGGCUACUAGAGAAAAAACAAGCGGCCAGAAUGAGACUGAUGUCCUCAAGCUUGCUCAUCAAAUCUUCUACAACAACUACAAGAAGAGAUUCACUCUUGAACACACUUGGAAGGAACUGUGCCACGACCAGAAGUGGUGCGAGCUUGCUACUGCUAAAACCGAAGGGAGCUUGAAGAAGAGGAAGUGUGAGGACGAUGCUGAUUCCUCACGCUCUCAAGCAACUUGCUCCAAGCGUCCCCCGGGUGUGAAGGCCUCAAAGCUGAGUGCUAAGAAGCCGGUGGUAGAUGAGCAGACGAUGAAUGGGUUCCAGACGAUGUGGACAAUCAAACAGCAGGAUUUGGCCGCCAAAUCAAUGUUGUCUAAGAUGAGUCUCCUUGAAGGUCUUAUUGGAAAAAAAGAACAUCUAUCUGAGUGUGAAGAAACCCUCAAGAAGAAGCUGAUUAGUGACUUGAUGUCAAAUUAG